UGAUCAAGUAGUUUUAAAAGCUUUAGAAUAUUCUGUUAAUGGACAAAGUUUUCAUGUAGAUUUUAGUAAAGAAAAAGAAAAUCAUUUAGCAAUAAAUAGUAAAGCAAUUGAUCAGGGCAAAUCUCACAAAAUGCUUAUCAAGAUCUUGCAGCAAUUAAUUUUUAUAUACCUCAAGAAUAUGCAAUAUCAGAAGCAAGAAUAG